AUGCUGCUUCCGAAUCAGCUUUUUUGUGUGGCAAGUGCCACAAUGCUGUUUUCUCUCUUCCUCUCCGAAGGGAGAAGAGGGUUGUACGAGGCACAGGCACUACGACCCUCUCGAGCAACAGGUCAGGAUUUCCGAGGCUACGAAGACAAGACUGGCACCUUUGCCAACGCUGAAGGUUCACAUCUCAGCGCUGGCUCGAAAUCCGACGAUUGUGAAACUGCGGAAGAAGGGCACGAAAAUAUGCGUUCAUUCGCUGAGCAAGCGGGGCAUGGGAUACAUGCGACGACGGACGAAGAAGGGCUAGUCAGUGCGGCUGCAAGAAUAGCGCAGCUAAACCCUGAAGAGACCGUAGAAAGAUGGCACGCAGAACAAGCCCGAGGAACACAAGUUGGUGAUUUUCUGGACAAACUUCUUGGGACAAAGAAUAUAAAAGUUACUGACGAAGAGCGGGAAAGGAUCAAACCGUUUGCUCCAGCAUCUGGACCUCGAUCAUACACCUUCUCUGUGGAAAAAGUUCAAAAAAGAUCACCAUUCCCUGGAGAGCUUUAUCGGACACGUCAAGAGCCAGCUCUUGCGCCCAGACGGGAAACAAGCGGUUUUUUCCUCUCAUUAGGAGGCGCACACAAGAAAUCUUCAGACGAGAAAGAGUCAGACGCCGACAAAAAAAGCUGGGGAUCAGCAAUAGGCGAAGCUGUAGACUACGCGGGAGACAAGGUUGCUGAAGGCUGGAAUGCGCUGGCUGCAAGAUUUACGAGUCCACAAAGUAACCAGGUGGCUUCCGAGGCAGCAGCUCGGACAGCAGAAGAAAGGGGAGAUGUGGACGCUGUGUCUGAGACAGCGCAUCGGCCAGUGACAGAACUAGGGCCGGAUGAGAAAAAGCCAACGGCCGAUGGAACGAUGAAGCUUGCGUGCGAGUGCAGAACUGCGCAAGCAAAGCCUCAUCACUAA